UUAACUUCCAGGGGUCAGGGGUCGGCGGUGACUGUAUUUUUUUAAUGUCUUGUACAGUCGCCCCACGCACGAGAGCACGUACAUAUUCGUAUUUCUUCUAUAAGGGAUUAUUGCUGGUUUUUAUUCUUUUUAAAAAGUGUUUCAAUAAUUUUAAUUCACUUUUUGUUGGAGAAAGUACAGCACUUCAGCAGUAUAUACAGUUUGUUGUAGAACUAAAGGACUAUACGUUAGUACUAGCUUGACCAGUGGAUACUUUACAGGAAAUACUUAGCUUACUUAAGGAAAGAGACAACGGGCGACAGGACAGAACGACAGAUAUAAUGCUGAUUCCAUGUAUGUGACAAAAAGGUCAUCUACGAUUUUCAUCAUAAAACAAAUAAACAGAUCAAAAGUAGUCAAUCUUAAUCAUGUCUAUAUCAUCAUUUUAUCUUAUGAUUUCUCUGUUACUGCCUGAGAUCAACUGGUCAAUUGGGCAGCUGGCACACGAGAAGGAAAUCAAUCAGAAAAAAACAGAUAACCUGCUGUCCCAGCUUCACCACUUCGAGACCGUCAUACCUCAGCUAGUUGACCACACUGGUCAGUUCCUCAGCUACCAUGUAUCACAUUCCAGCGUCCUGCACCGCAUGAGCGUGGAGACCACGCGCAGUAGGCGUUCAGCCAAGGGGCCUUCCAACAAGACUCUCAAAAACUCCAGCAAGCCCAGCCUGUACCAGGAAGGCGACGAACAGAAAGGGAGGAGUUCCGUCUUCUACAAACUUUCCGCCUACGGGAGGGAGUUCCACCUGAAUCUAACCCUCAACAGACAUCUCCUUACCAAAGGGUUUGCCGUGGAGUACAUUGGCAGUAAUCAGAGGAGACGAAGCUCAGAUGAACUCUGGGACUGUCACUAUACGGGUGUCAGCGUCAAUGGUGACGCUUCAGACGCCGCUAUCAGCAACUGCAACGGACUGCACGGAGUUUUCUCUACCACAACGGAUGAUUACUUUGUGGAGCCUCUGUGGAACCACACCAACGUGGUUGGUGUGGAGGGGCACCCUCAUGUGGUUUACAGUCGGUCGUCUCUCAAAUACGGCGAUCUCAGGCGCUACUGUGGUGUUACAGAUUAUAAGCGAAAGAAAUUUAGCAAAUGGUACCGCAAGAGACCAGACAAUAUCAACGACAUUCUGAAGCCCAGAAAACAAUCCCCCUUCUGGAAGUGGAGACCUAAGCUGAAAAGUAUGAAUGACACUUCCCUCUUGAGAAAGCGCUCCAAAAGAUCAAAGAGCUUUGAGUCCUAUAUCGAGACUCUGGUUGUGGUGGACAAGAAAAUGAUGGACUACCACUUGACCAGCGAUACUCCGGCUAGCAGACAGAAUCUUACGAAUUACGUACUGACGAUUAUGAAUAUUGUGGCCAAACUGUACCACAACCCUAGCAUCGGCAACGCCAUCAACAUUGUGGUCACGGGGAUCUUCUUUCUGGAGGCUGAAAAGGGAGAUAAUCUACCUCAAAUUAAUUACCACGCUGACAUGUCACUGGAUAGCUUCUGUAAGUGGCAGAAUAACUUCACGUUAAGGCAAGACAACGAGACCAGCCAUAAACACGACAAUGCAGUGCUCAUUACAAGAUAUGAUAUAUGUACGUACAAGAACUAUCCCUGUGGAACUCUGGGCUUGGCUCCUGUAGAAGGAAUGUGCGAGAGCGAACGAAGCUGCAGCAUCAACCAAGACAUUGGUUUAGCCUCGGCUUUUACCAUCGCACAUGAGAUAGGCCACAAUAUUGGUAUGCAACACGAUGGUGACGGGAACCAGUGUGGGAUGCCGGGUAAAGAACCCGCGCGCUUGAUGGCAGCGAGGCUCUCCAAAGAAACGUCGCCUUUUCAUUGGUCAAGCUGCUCACGGAAAUACGUCACAGACUUUCUGGAUUCAGGGCAUGGCUGGUGCCUCAGAAAUAUACCCAGCUUUCACGUGUCGUUUUCUCCUGACGUACCUGGGGAUUUCUUUGACAGCAACACACAGUGUCGACUUCAGUACGGGGCUAAAUCCACAGCCUGUAAACUUAAGCAAAUCUGCCAAGAGCUGUGGUGUGUCAACGAGUCCAACGAAUGCGUCACCAACAGCAUCCCUGCAGCGGAAGGCACCAUUUGUCAACUCCCGUACGUGAAGAAAACUGCAAAGGGAGACCAUUCAGAUAAAGGGUGGUGUUACCAAGGGGAGUGCAGAGGCGAACAACACAGGAACCAAACAGUUCACGGAAGUUGGGGAGAAUGGGGUGAAUGGGGGGACUGUACUCGGACCUGCGAGGGCGGCGUCUCGGUCAGUGAGAGAGAGUGUGACAACCCCGCACCCAAAGACGGAGGGAAGUACUGUACAGGGGUUAGAAAAAAAUAUCGAUCUUGCAAUGUUACACCUUGUCCGCCAGGAUCCGAAGACUUUAGGCAGGUCCAGUGCAGCAGUUUCAAUAACAUUACAUUCAGAGGUGGACUUUACAAGUGGGUGCCCUAUACUGGAGAGCAGGCGAAGCCAUGUUCUCUCGUCUGUAUGGCUGAAGGAUACAACUUCUACACUGAAAGGUCACCAAAGGUCAAAGAUGGUACCAAAUGUUACCCUGACCAACCUGAUGUCUGCAUCAAUGGUGAAUGUCAUACUGUUGGUUGCGAUGGCUACCUACAUUCAAAGGCUAAAGAAGAUAUUUGCAGAGUCUGCAAGGGUGAUAACUCUACCUGCCGUACUAUCUCUGGACUCUUCGAAAAGGCUCUGACGACAGGGUCUUAUCAUGAGAUACUUACCAUUCCAAAGGGAGCCAUGCACAUAAAAGUAAAGGAGGCUAACUUUUCCAAAAACUAUCUAGCUCUGAAAGAUGCCAGAGAUCAUUACCACAUCAAUGGAGAGUGGACAAUAGAUUGGCCACGGAAGUUUUCUGUUGCAGGAACAACCUUCCAUUACAAACUAUAUGAAGAUGAGCCGGAAUCAUUAACCGCACUGGGACCAACAACGGAUGUUUUAAAUGUUAUGAUGCUACUCCAAGAAGACAAUAAAGGAAUAGAGUAUCAGUACAACAUACCAAUAAACAAAUCUGAUGACAACCAGAACAACAUAGCCUUGUAUCUGUGGGCACACUUCCCUUGGUCACUUUGCAGUCGAACAUGCUCAAAUGGUACAAGUAUCUCCAAAGUUAAAUGCAUCCUGAAGUCUACAGGGCGAGCUGUUGAUGACAAAUAUUGUGACAGACAGCCCAAACCAGCAGACUAUGUCAGAGUAUGCAAUGAAGAAGAUUGUCCACCCAAGUGGUCAACUGGUCAAUGGUCAGACUGCAGCCAGACCUGUGGCGAAGGAGAUAGAACAAGACAAGUUGUCUGCCGUCAGCUCUUAGGGGAUGAGGAAAUGACUACACUUGAUGACAGCGAGUGCAUUGACCCCAAACCAGCCACUCGACGAGAAUGUCGACUUGAGGAGUGCCCUCCUGAGUGGCACACCUUUGAGUGGUCAGAGUGUAGCGCAUCUUGUGGUCGAGGUGAAAUGACACGAAGGGUCGUGUGCACUAGUAGCGUGACUUCUGCACACCUUGAGGAAAGACGGUGCAGACCUGAAGAUAAACCAGUCACAAGAAUGACAUGUAUGACCAGGGAUUGCCCUGUACAGAUAAGGAGAAAAGGGGGAAGGAAUAACCUACCACAAUGGAGAAAAGGAGAAUGGGGUCAGUGCUCUGUGACUUGUGGAGCAGGAAUCCAAGAGAGGGCUGUACAAUGUCACUCAGUCAAUGGAGAUCCUUGUGACCCAACUUCUGAGCCAGCCUCCAAACAGAAAUGUAACAUCUCAUGUGACCAUGAACUUGAUCAGCCUUCUGUGUGUGAAGACAAAUUCAGAGUUGCAUACUGCCCACUAGUUCUCAAAUCAGGAUACUGCACACGACCAUAUUUUCGUACCAUGUGCUGUGAGACUUGCUCUCGUGUCAAAGCAUCAGAUAAUAGAACAAAAAGAAAGAAACGAGAGUUCUGACAAAAAAAAUUGAGGAAAAAAAACAUUUUGAUAAAACCUUAA